AUGUCCGCUGUAAUUGCUCGAGUAAAUGUGACACAAAAAGCUGAUGCUCCUGUCUAUAAAGGCGGAGAGCAUCGGGAAAGGAUCUCUCCUAGCUUACAACUCCAGAAACCCCAUUACAAUUGGAGCCGUGACGCAGUCGUUCCUGCUCAAUCUAAAAAAAAACUACAGAGGUCGUCACAAGACACAACAAGAAGUCUUAGCACAACAAAAGAAGACGAAAACAGUAAUAUCCACGGAAGUCAUCAAGAAGUCCAACAGCAACAAAUUGGACAACAGAAGAAGAAAACUGUAAUAUCCACGGAAGUCAUCAAGAAGUCCAACCACAACAUACUUGACGAAAGAAGAGGAAAGCAGUUACCAACGCCACCGCAGAACCACCCCAAGAUAUCAACGCACAGAACACAGAAACCAGUGAAGCUACAACUUUGA